CCGGGCGCGCUAGAGCGGCCGCCCUGCGCUUCCGGCGCAGAGCAAGAUGGCCGCCGUGGGGGGCGGCUCCGCGGCCGGCCCCGGGGGUCCCCGCCUCCUGCACCUGCUGUGCCUGUGCGCCCUGCUGGCAGGUCUGUGUGGGGGCAACUCCGUGGAGAGGAAGAUCUACGUGCCCCUGAACCGGACCGCGCCCUGCGUCCGCCUGCUCAACGCCACCCACCAGAUCGGCUGCCAGUCGUCGCUCAGCGGGGACACGGGCAUCAUCCACGUGGUGGAGAAGGAGGACGACCUGCAGUGGGUGCUGAGCAGCGGCCCGAACCCCCCCUACAUGGUGCUGCUGGAGGGUGCUCUCUUCACCAGGAGCCUGAUGGAGAAGCUGAAGGACAGCAGCGGCCGCAUCGCGGGCCUGGCUGUGUCCCUGACCCGGCCCCUCCCCGCCGCCGGCUACUCCCCCAGCGUGCAGUGCCCCAACGAGGGCUUCGGUGUCUACUCGGACGUUUACGGGCCCGAGUUUGCUCACUGCCGGGACCUGCCGUGGAACCCCCACGGUGACGGCCUGGCCUAUGAGGAUUUCAACUUUCCCAUCUUCCUCCUGGAGGACGAAAAUGAGACGGAGGUCAUCAAGCAGUGCUUCCGCACCCACAACCUCGGCCAGAAUGGCUCGGCCCCCACCUUCCCGCUGUGCGCCAUGCAGCUGUCGGCACACAUGCACGCCGUGCUCAGCACGGCCACCUGCAUGCGUCGCAGCGCCCUGCAGACGUCCUUCAGCAUCAACCCAGAGAUCGUCUGCGACCCGCUGUCGGACUUCAACGUGUGGAGCCUGCUGCGGGCCGUCAACAUCUCGGGGGGCCUGGCGCCUUCGGACAGGCUGGUGGUGGCCGCCACCCGGCUGGACAGCCGGUCCUUCUUCUGGAACGUGGCCCCUGGGGCAGAGAGCGCCGUGGCCUCCUUCGUCACCCAGCUGGCCGCGGCAGAAGCGCUGCAGAAAGCCCAGGACGUGUCCACCCUGCCCCGGAACGUCAUGUUUGUCUUCUUCCAGGGGGAGACAUUCGACUACAUCGGCAGCUCGAGGAUGGUGUACGACAUGGAGACGGGCAGGUUCCCCGUGCGCCUGGACAACAUCCACACCUUCGUGGAGCUGGGCCAGGUGGCCCUCAGGGACUCUCUGGAGCUCUGGAUGCACACAGACCCUGUGUCGCAGAAGAACGAUUCCGUGAGGAACCAGGUGGAGGCGCUCCUGACCACGCUGGAGAAGAGCAGCCAGGGCGUGCCGGUGGCCCUGCAGAGGCUGAAUCAGACCCAGCCCCUCCCGCCCUCCUCGCUGCAGCGCUUCCUGCGGGCCCGGAACAUCUCGGGGGUGGUCCUCGCUGACCACAGGGCUGCCUUCCACAACCGGUAUUACGAGAGCGUGUACGACAACCCCGACAGCAUCAACGUCACCUACCCGCAGGGCCAGAGCCCGGAGGAGAGCCUCAACCACGUGACCGACACGGCCAAGGCCCUGGCGGACGUGGCCACGCUGCUGGCACGGGCCCUGUACCAGCUGGCCGGAGGUGACCAGUUCAGCGCGUCCAUCGAGGCCGAUCCCAAAACGGUCACCCGCCUGCUGUACGGCUUCCUGGUGAGACCCAACAACUCGUGGUUCCAGUCCUUCCUCCGGCAGGACCUGCGCCCCUUCUUGGGGGACGGCCCCCCACAGCACUACAUCGCGGUCUCCAGCCCCACCAACACCACCUACCUGGUCCAGCACGCCCUGGCCAACCUGACGGGCACCGCCCUGGGCCUGACCCGGGAGCAGUGCCAGGACCCCAGCCAGGUCCCCGGGGAGGACAAGGAGCGGUUCGAGUACAUGUGGGUGCAGGGGCCCCUGGACGGCAACCACAGUGAGCGGCUCCCGCACUGCGUCCGCUCCACCGUGCGCCUGGCCCGGGCCCUGUCGCCCGCCUUCGACCUGGACCAGUGGGGCUCCACCGAGUACUCCACGUGGACCGAGAGCCGCUGGAAGGACAUCCACGCCCGCAUCUUCCUGGUGGCCAGCAGGGAGCUAGAGCUCAUCACGCUGACUGUGGGGCUGGGCAUCCUCGUGCUGUCGCUGGCCAUCACCUACUGUGUCAACGCCAAGGCCGGCGUCCUGUUCAUGGCGCCCCGCGAGCCCGGCGCCGUGUCCUACUGAGGCCGUCCCGGACGGACAGAGCCGCCCGCCUGCUCGGAGCCCGGCCGGGCUGGACCGGAGAGACGGAUCGACAGCACAGAGCGGGGGGAGCCCCCCUCCCGCCCCUCCUGGCCCAGCCUUUCCGGGGGCCGUCCAAGCCCGCCGCCUCCCGCCCCUCCCGGCCCUGCUCCUUCUCCCCACCUCCACCCUGCAGGGUCCGUAAUAGAAGCCUUGUGCCCUCUCUGCCUGCGUCCUGCCCCUCCCUCCUCCGCACCCUCCCCGCCCCCGCCCUGUCCUCACGGGGACACCCCGCGACUCCGGCUGCCUGGGGAAGGGAAGAAUGGGGGUCCCCGGGGCCUGGGAGUGGGUUGGGGGUCUCUGAGCCCUGAGGAGUGGGUUGGGGGGGUCCCUGAGCCCUGGGGAGCAGGCAGGGGUCCUUGGGAGGUCACGGGUCCCCUGUGCCCCACCAGGACCCAGGCGGCAGGACGGCCCCCCGAGUGUCUACCUCCAGCCCCGGCGCUCAGCGGCCGCUGUCCCCGUGUGUAAAUGUAU